CCGUUAUGGUUAUAAAGCUUCUCUAGGAACGGAAGUUAUAAACGUUCUUAUAAAGAGAAGAAAAUGAUGACUAAAUAACCUUGCAGUGUUCGAGCCUUAAAAUUGGCUGGCUUUGUGUACAGUCACCCAUUCGUGUGCAAGGAGAGAGAGGGAUCAGUUCAUCGAUUUUUCGUGGCCAACCGAUUUAAAUAUGAACAUAAUGAAUCAAGGAGCGUGCGUAUUGCUGUGGAGCCUCGCUGUGUUUUCAGUCGUGGCAGCGGAAGAGCAAAGCACCCAAGGUCCAGGAUGCAAGAGAGAAGAAUGCGUCCCGGUGGCUGAGUGUCCUCCACUCCGGGAGCUCCUUCUUCAGUCUCCUACAGAGGAUAGCUUCAAGGAGAUAAGGAAACUCACUUGCUUCGUUAAGAAAACGAGGCCUUGGGUAUGUUGUCCUUCUACCCCGCCUCCUUCUCCUCCUUCUCGUCGUCGUUCUUCAAAGUUAAGGCAGUCUCUCCUUCCUAAUGAUUGUGGAAAAAGCAAUUAUAUCCCUGUCUUUGAGGGAGAAGGUGCCCCGCUCAAGACUUACCCGUGGAAGGCAGUUUUGCAAUACAGAGUAAUUUCAGAAAAAUACCUUCUUACAAACCGGGUAUAUUGUUCAGGAUCAGUCAUCAACGAGAGAUACGUGCUUAUCCCGGCUCAGUGCGUUGCCAAAAACAUGACAGAGGACUUGGGGAUAGAGUUAGUCGAAGUUCUACUCGGCGAAUGGGACAUCUCGACCGACCCCGAUUGCACGAACCUCAAGGGAAAGAAGUACUGUGCUCCUCCUGUGCAGAGAUUCGCCGUUGAAGAAGUCACCAUACACCCUGACUUCUUCAAACGGGGAAUAAUUUCUGAUGACAUCGCUCUCCUUAGGCUCAGUAGGCCUAUUGACUUCAAGGCAUCUGGGGGAUUCAUUCAACCGGUGUGUCUCCCACGCGCCGGCAUUUCCGCAGAGGCAGUGUUUCGGGACGGAGCCUUUAUGAACAGCUGGAAUUCUUCGUUGCCCAGGCCUAGCAACCACAUUUUGUCUUACGUUGAUAAGACCACCUGCGAUAGGGUCUUGCGAGAUACUUAUGUUAAAGAACAGAUCUGCAUGCAAGUGGGCCAAGGGCAGCCGGAUUACACCGCCGCGAGAGGAGCCCCGUUGAUGGUGACUGACUCGAGGAGGAGGACUUCUUACACGCAGUAUGGUAUCUUGAUCGCCAAACCUAAGGGCACGGAGACGCUUCCUGGGCUGUUUACGUACAUUCCUCCUUACAUGCAGUGGAUUGAGGGUACGCUUAGGCCGUAGGAGCGAA